AUGGAGCACAAUUACGACCUCGAAAAGAGGAGCAGCGGCAGCGUCGAGAAGACCCCGCUCGACCAUAGCUCGUCCACCGACGAUGUGCAGGUCCUCGAAGCCCGCGAGCAGUACCGCUUUGACGCCCACGACCUCGACCGUGUCCAGCGUCGCCUCCACCAGCGCCAUGUCCAGAUGAUUGCCAUCGCCGGUACGCUCGGUACUGGUCUCUUCCUUGGGUCUGGUAAGGCUUUGAACGAGGCGGGGCCGGCGGGUGCGCUCAUCGGCUACGCGCUCGUCGGCACCGUCGCGUACUCGUCACUCUGUGCGGUCGGCGAGAUGACCAGUCUCGCGCCGAUCUCUGGUACCUUCCCCCACUUUGCCGCGCGGUGGGUCGACCCCGCGUUCGGGUUCGCCGUCGGCUGGAAUUAUUUCUACACAAACUUGAUGUCCGUCCCUGUCGAGAUCACCGCUGCGACGAUCCUCAUCACAUUCUGGGAUGCCAACCUGUCACAUCAAUGGAUCUACACGCUUGUCGUCGUGAUCAUCGUCUGCGCCAUCAAUAUCUUCGGUGUGCGCUGGUUCGGUGAAGCAGAGUUCUUCUUCUCCAUAAUCAAGAUCUGCCUGAUUCUCGGCCUGAUUUUGGUCGGCCUGAUCAUUGACUUGGGCGGAGGACCGGACCACGAGCGCGUCGGCUUCCGCUACUGGCGCAACCCGGGCGCGUUUGCCCCCGCGGGACUUGUCAGCAACAUCAACACCGACAAGUUCCUUGGCUUCAUCUCCGUCAUCGUCCAGGCCGCCUUCUCCUUCCAGGGUAUGGAGCUCGUCGCGAUCGCCGCCUCGGAGACCCGCAGCCCGCGGACAAACAUCGCGAAGGCGGUGCGGCGGGUCUUCUACCGCAUCGUCGUGUUCUACCUGCUCGGGAUCCUCAUCACGGGCAUGCUCGUCCCCUACGACGACCCGCUGCUCCUGUCUGCGGCCAACAAUGCCGCCCAGUCCCCGUACGUCAUCGCCAUGACGCGCGCAGGGAUCCACACGCUGCCGCACAUCAUCAACGCAGCGAUCUUCACCUCCGCCUUCUCCGCGGGCAACUCCUUCUUGUUCUGCUCGUCGCGUAUCCUGUACGGCUUGGCUCUCCGAGGCCAGGCGCCCAAGUUCUUCGCCAAGUGCACACAAUCCGGGUUGCCGAUCGUUUCGGUGCUCACAUGCAGCGCGUUCGCGCUCCUCGCCUUCAUGAACGUUAGCAGCGGUGCCGCCACCGUCUUCAACUGGUUCGUCUCGCUGAGUACCGUCGGCGGGUUCUUCGGCUGGUGGGGCAUCAACAUCACGUACCUCUACUUCUACCGUGGGUUGAAGGCCCAGGGACGCGAUAGGAAGCAGCUCAUCUACUUCAGCACCCUGCAGCCGUGGUUGAGCAUCUGGGGUAUCUUCUGGACGACGUUGUUCAUUUUGAUUAACGGGUUUGAGGUGUUCUGGGAUUUCAACGCGAGCGGUUUCCUGACCUCUUAUAUCAACAUCCCGCUUUUCUUCGGCCUCUGGAUAUUCUGGAAGGUCUACAGGCGCACAAAGACGUGGAAACCGCAUCAGAUGGACUUUACUACUGGUAUACCUACCGUAGAGGAAACGGAAGAACCGAUCGAGCCACCGACGACAAUCGGAGGCAAGAUCGCUGCGAUCUUGUUCUAG